CAGCUGAUUCUGCAACUGUGCUGCAAAGUCAGAAGCAGGUUAAGAGAAACAGAAAGCAGGGAAGAGAUGGAGGAAGCGUGGGAGGGAGGCUGCUUGGGGGCAGACAGCUGAGGCCCCUCUGCAUCUGCAUGCACGCUCAAGGGGACAGGACUGGCCACGAGAACCCGACCCCCUUUGGCAGGGAAAAGAAGACGGGGGAGCUCUCGGUUGCAACUGCCUGGAAAGGCAACUGGAAGCCCCCAUCAUGCCUUCCACAGAAGCAAGAGGGCUCCUUUUCCAGGGUUAGGGCUGGAGGAGGGACCCAGAGUGGAGGGGGGAGGAGGAGGGCCCACGCCAGUCAUGACAAGGUCAGGGCACAGCUGAACCCAGUUCAAGCAGGAGAGGAGCCCUCCCUGGCCAGGCAAGCAUCGCACGGCUCCUGCUCGCAGGUGACUCCUCAGCCGUGGCUCGGUGGCCCUGGUGCAAUCUGGCUCCAUGUCGAGAGGAGGGGAGAUGGUAUACAUCCCGGACGACACCGACUUCAGCACCUUCCGGCAUCAGUGCGAGAGCCAUGAGGGCUGGAACAGCCAGUAUAACAAAGCAGGAGUGACCGUGUGGAGCCAGAUGCAGGAGACCAAGACGGUCCAGAAAAUCAAGAUGCAGAUCACCUGCAGGGACGUGCUUCCAGAGACACUUUACGACGUGCUGCAUGACACUUACUAUCGCAAGAAAUGGGACACCAACAUGAUCGAAACCUACGACAUUGGACGCCUGACUGCCAACGCAGAUGUGGGAUAUUACUCCUGGAGAUGUCCAAGUCCUCUGAAGAACAGGGACUUUGUCACCUUGCGCUCUUGGCUGCCUCUUGGCAAUGAUUACAUGAUCAUCAACUACAGCGUCAAACAUCCGUACCCACCCCGGAAAGACAUCGUCAGGGCCGUGUCCCUGCAGACCGGCUACUUGAUCAAGGCCAGCGGCAACCGAGGCAGCGUCCUUUGCUACCUGACCCAAGUGGACCCUCGAGGUUCGUUGCCCAAGUGGGUGGUGAAUAAAGUAUCACAGUACGUGGCACCAAAGGCCAUGAAGAAGAUUUACAAAGCAGGCCUAAAGUACCCCGAGUGGAAACGGAAGCACAACCCCGGCUUCAAGCCUUGGCUAUACCCAGAGCAGAACACGCUGCCUAACAUCAGCCUGGCCGAGCUCUCCCUGCAGCACGCCGACUCUCUGGAGAACUUCGACGAGAGCGGCCUGUCCGAAGACAGGGUGCGCAUCAGCGACGAAGAGGCCUAGCGGCCCUCAUUGCUCAGACUUGCAGCUCCUCACCCCGUGGUGGGCAGGAAGGCGCCCCGUCCACCAUCACCACCUGCGGAGCACAGCUGCCUUCACAGCACCUUUCCCACACACACACAGACGUGGCCCCAGACUUUCUUACCUCUCCACGCACUUACCCACCACAGGGCGACACCCGGCACCGCUCCUCUUCAGCAGUGCACACUUGGUCUGGGGACUAGAGACCGGGAGACAGCAUGGCGUGAGCAGUCUCCUUUUUCCAAUCAGGCACAAUAUCCCAAGGCAGGAGGUGCCUCACAGAUCCAAUUCCCAGCUCUGGGCUGAGAAAUACCUGGGGAUUUUGAAGAUGGCAGCAGGGUUGGGGAGAUUUGGGGAGGCGAGGGGC